GCCGAGGGGCCCUGGCGCGGCGGGUGGACGGGGUCGCUGCGCCAGCUCCCGCUCGGGCUCUGCCCGGCCGCCGCGGUGGCCGCCACGCGCCUCGGGCGGCGGAGGAGGCCGUCGGGCUCCCGCGGCUGGGCCCGCCGUCGCGCAGCCGCCGCCAGGCGGGCUGAGGUUAUCGUGGGGGCGCCGGCCAGCGGGCCGCUGGUGGCGAGGCGCGCCGGGCCCCUGGCCGCGGGGCUCGGCAGCGAGGGGCCGCCAGAGCUGCCCCCAGAGGGGGUGCACGUCGGCGGCGCGCCCAAUACCCAGCUGCUGCUGUGGCUGCGCCGGCAGCUCCAUGCGGAGGCCGCGGUGUCCUUCGAGCUGCUGCCCGACCUCCUGCCAGGCACGGACUUCAGCGCCUGCAGCAGGGCGCACCUGGAGUACUUGCUGCAGCUCAUCCAAGAGGGGUACGUGGACUUCGUGGCCUUGUCGAUGAAGAACGUCCCCGAGGCCCUGCCAGAGGGCCUGCUGCUCGCCGCCGUCCUGCCAAGGCAGGAUCCGCGUGAGGCCCUCCUCGCGAGGCCUGGCGCCGCGGCGCAUGCCGUGGUGCCCCUGCAGGCCCCUGAGGCGGUGACGGCGUCUGCAGUGGCCGGCCUCGACAAGCUGCCCGAGGGCGCUGUGGUGUGCGCGCCUUGCUUGCGGCGCCGGCUGCAGAUAGAGUCGAGGUACCCGCACCUCAUUGUGGACGAUCAGAGAACCGGCUUCCAGCAUCGGCUCAGGCUGCUGAGCGAGGGCAGGAGGGAUGCUUGCGUCUGCGCUGCGGCCGAGCUCAGCCGCUGGGGACUUCGCCAGGCCGCCGGGGACAUGCGGGUGCUGGAGCCAGAGGUGUUCAUGCCUGCAUUCGGGCAGGGUGCCGUGGGCUUGCUGUGCAGGGCCCAGGACGAGGGGGUCGCAAACAUCCUGCGGCGGCAGGACGACCCCAACACGCGCCUCUGCGUGCAGUACGAGCGCGCGCUCGCGUCCCGCCUCAGCGUGCCACCGGGCGCCUCUGCCGGGGGCUUGGCAGAGCUGCUCCCCGACGGCAAGAUCCGGCUGAGGUGCGCACUGAUGCAGCCCGGCAAAGACGAUGCGGGGCCGACGUUCACCCAGGCCGGCGGCGAGGCCGGCGGCGAAGCGGGUCCCGCUGGAGUGGAGGCGCUCGUGGAGAGGAUCGUGGAGGAGCUCUCGCCCGAGGUCGUCCCUGCGCCGGUGCCAGAGGCCGCCCGCAGUCCCGUGCCGCGAGCGGCGCCCGCGGAGUGGGACGACGCGGACGAGCUGGGCCAGGAGGACGUCGACGUCGACGACGACUACGGCAACGCCCUCCGCUGGCGAGAGAGCGACAGCGCAGUGCCGCCGGUGAGCGGCGCUUCUGCGCGCAUUCCCGUCGCCGAGGUGGACGACUCGGGGCGGACGUGCUCCGAGGGCCGCGUGUGUGCCGUCUUCCUGCAGGGCUACGGCGCGCUGGUGGACGUGAAUUGCGAGGCGCCCGCGCGUUGGUACCCGGAGCAGUCCCUCGACGGGAGCGACGAGCCCGCGCCGGAGCUCGGCAGCACGGUGGCCGUCUACUGCUGCCGGAAGGAGCUCGGCAAGGAGCAGCCGCACCUGCAGGUGGCACUGCAGCCUCUGCCCCAGCUCCCGCGGCGGGGGAACGUGCAGCGGAUGCGCCUGAGCGACCUGCGGGCGGGCAAGGGGCCCUUCCGCGCCGUGGUGGUGUCCUGCACUGCCCAGGGCGGCGCUCUGGUGGACUUCAACUGCGAGGUCCCAGGCAGGCUCAUCACGACGGAGGUCCUCCAGCCGCGCGGCACGGAGCUCCGAGUGUACUGCCACGAGGUUGACGAGGCCUCCGGCACAUGCUUGGUCGCCGACCGUCCCUGGAAGCCGACGGAGACGUGCGCGAGGAUGCAGCUCGAGGAGCUCAGUGGCGGCCCGGCCGAAGGCUACCUGGGCACAGUGAAGAACAGCACGACCCACGGCUACUUCGUGGACUUCAACUGCGAGGUCAACGGCCUCCUCGACCCCAUGGACAUCGACAUCGUACUCUGCCCCGAUGGCCUGUCGGUCGGCCGCGAGGUGAGGGUCUACAUCAGCCGCCUGGACCUGGACCGCCGGCAGGUGCGCCUGACCAUGUUUCGCUCCGCGGCCAUGGACGACCUGGCCGCCGUGCGGGUGGAGCUUCAGCGGGAGCGGGAACUCGCAGCCAAGGCGCGGACGCACCAGGAGAGGGCGCUGGCGCAGAUGCAGCAGGAGCACGCGGACGAGCUGACCCGGCUCGGGGCCGAGCACGCGGAGGAGCUCGAGCGCCUGGCCGCCGUGCGCUCCGACGCCGCCGCCCGGGCCGAGGCGGACCUCGAGGCGACGCGCCGCGCCCUCCACGCCGAGCGCGAGGGCGCCGAGCGUCAGCUCGCCGAGGCGGGAGACGCGUGGCGCCUGCGUCUCGUCGAGGCCGAGGGCGACCUGGCCGCG